GUAUAUAUACUUCGUACGUGCAUCAUCCGCACGGCCUGUAAUCAAGCACCGCACCUCAUCCUCCGGCCGGCGGCGUAUCCAUCGGUCGGUCAAACGACGGCGCCGCCAUGAACUUCCUGAGAAACUCGCGCUCCGUCUUCUCCAGGCUCAAGACCGUCCGGCGCUACUCAAACCCGGCGCAGCCUCAGCCGGCGCGUCCCAGGGUCCUAGACUCGGUCCGAGGGCUCUUCUCCGGCCACGCCAAGCCUGUCGCCGCCUCUCAAACCGCCGCGCAGGCACAGCCCCAAGAAGCAGGGCUCUUCUUCCCGUGGGGCUUGAUCUUCUUUUUCCUCACCUGCGACCGUGAGAAGGUGCCGUGCACCAACCGCGCCCACUGGGUCUUCCUCUCGCCGUCGUGUCACGCCUUAAUGGGGAACAUCAUGUUCGAGAAGAUCGAGGAGAAACGCGGGCCGGCCAUCCUUGGCCCGUCUGACCCCAACACCGUCCGUGUCCGGCAAAUCGCCUCCGGUAUUAUCCGCGCAGCCCAUGACCUCUUCCCCCGCGGCAACGAUGACCACGAUGAUAAGCAGGAGACGCCGGAGCGCCAUGACUUCAAGUGGGAGGUGGUCAUCGUCGAUGAUGACAAAGCUAAGGCGUACAGCUUGCCCAAUGGUAAGAUUGUAGUCUACACGGGAUUGAUGAACUGCCUAAAGACCGAUGCUGAAAUUGCCGCCCUUAUUGCACAUGAGGCCGGACACGUUGUUGCAAACCAUGACAUGGAGUUCUCAAGGAUCCUUCCGUUCUUUGACACACUAGCCUCGCAAAGGAAUGAGAUGGAGGCGGAUCUCAUCGGGCUGAAGCUACUUGCAGCCGCUGGUUUUGAUACACACGUUGCCCAUGGGGUCUAUGAGACGUUCGGGCAGAUCGGAGGAAACUGGUGGUCCCGAUUUCAUCCUUGGUGUAAGAAAGAAUAACUGUUUUUCAUCGGGAGGCAAGGUCAUGGAGGAGGCGCUAAAACUGUACAAGCAAAUUUGUGCCGGAAGAGACGUCGACUGAAAUAUUAAUUUUAGAAUAACUUCAUAAACAAUAUUUAUUUCAUCGGUGGCAAGUUUUCCAAUAUUAAUUUUCGAGUAACUUUGUAAACAAAAUUUAUGACAUUUAAUUCGUUGGCUUGCUACGUGAACAAUGAAUAUAUUAUUUUUUU